AUGCAGCACCUUUCUACCCCUCAGUGCCCCGCUCCCCCCACCUCCCUGCCCACCAGGGACCAAUGUGGGAUAAAGGAGGAGAUCACCAAACAGUCAUAUACAUUUACCUCUCCCUGUGUUCUGCCUCAGUUCCCACUGUACUGGCUCAGCGUGCCAGCCAUCCUGAAGGGCUGGAUGGACCGGGUGCUGUGCCGAGGGUUCGCCUUUGACCUUCCUGAAUAUUAUAACGAUGGUUACCUCAAGGGCAAGCUGGCACUCCUCUCGCUGACCACAGGGGGCAACAAGAAGAUGUUCUCAAAGGAUGGGGCCAAAGGAUAUUUCCGGUACUUCCUUUGGCCACUGCAGCAUGGUGUAUUACAUUUCUGUGGAUUUAAUGUCCUGGCCCCUCAAAUCAGUUAUGCACCUGAGUUUGCAUCCGAAGAAGAAAGAAAGGAAAUGGUGGCAUCCUGGGCCCAGAGGCUGAAGACCAUCUGGACAGAGGAGCCCAUCAACUGCACUUCACCUUGGUACUUUGGGCAGUAA